GGCUGCGUCCAUACUUGACUUACAGUAAACAUCCACCCGGUUGAAUUUAGCUGUUGUUUAUUUAUCCCUGCUAAUCCCAUUUCUAACUUAAAACCUAGUUUUGUUUUGGGGGUAAACCCCUUCGAUGUGCUUCGUUGAACGGUGUGAAACAGCGCGGAAGUCUCCGCCCAUUUUCAGAGGCGACGUCUGAGGAUGAACUGUCGCUCGGAGGUCCUGGAGGUGACGGUGGAGGCCCGGCAGGUGGAGGAAGCUAUGCUGGCCUUACUGCACACCAUCCUGCUGCAUCGAAGCACAGGCAAGUUUCACUACAAGAAGGAGGGCACCUACUCCAUAGGCACCGUGGGCACACAGGACAUCGACUGCGAUUUCAUCGACUUCACCUUCGUCAGGGUGUCCUCUGAGGAGCUGGACAGGGCCAUCAGGAAAGCGGUGUCUGAAUUCAAGGAUGCUUUGAGCAGCGACGGCAUGGGGCAGAUCUCCCUGGAGUUCUACCAGAAGAAGAAGUCUCGCUGGCCCUUCUCCGACGAGUGCAUCCCAUGGGAGGUGUGGAGCAUCAAAGUCAACAUGGUCAACCUGGCGAACGAGCAGGAGAGACAGAUCUGCAGGGAGAAAGUGGGCGAAAAGCUGGGGGAGAAGGUGAUCAACGUGGUGGAGGUCAUAAACCGUCAUGAAUACCUGCCAAAGAUGCCCACCCAGUCUGAGGUGGGCAAUGUUUUUGACACCAGCCUGAAGGACGUCCAGCCAUACCUGUAUAAGAUCACCUACCAGAUCACUGACUCUCUGGGGACCUCAGUGAGCACCACCAUGAGGAGGCUGAUAAAAGACACCUUGGCCCUGUGAGGGGCCCC